ACCUGGAGAAGUUUCAUUAGUAUUUUCACAAUGAAGCAUUGAGAAGCAUCAAAGCAACCAAGUUGAAUGCCCAGCUUUUCAAAGCAUCUUUCUCUAGCAUACAAUUCACUUAAGUCCCUACUCUCCUUGUUCUUGCCUCUAGGAAUUUCUUCACUUCCAUCCAGGUUCAUCAAGCUCCAACAUCACAGUGCCAUGCUACCGUCUUAACCAACGUACGAAGAACCUGAGAGUCACAGUGCGACAUGUCCGGCUUCAGUCAAAGCCACAGCAUAUUCACCCGAAAUGGGGGCAAAAAGGCAGAUGUCCUGGGUUUGAAAGACCAUAAACCCCAGAGCGAGACACUGUAUUCGCUCGGGCAGGAUCGGCAACAAGAUCUGGACCCUGCAGCUAGCAAAACCCCCACCAUUGAGACAAAUCAGUCCAGCGCACCCAUGAACUUGCCCCACCAUAGCAGACACCCCGCUCUCUGCCUUUUCACCGUUGCCUGGAUUUUGUUCUUCGUUUUCUUCCUCCUCCCUUGGCAACUACUCAACGAUCGACCUGGUUGGAAUCUCACACGAAGCAUCUCGCACGAUUUUACACAUUGCAAGGAAGCUUUGAAUAGUUUUGUCAAGGCCCCUGCCACUACCACAACAACAAUCUACGUCCCCGCACCUAUUCCCACACACGUGCCAAAUACAGAAUCAGAAGUCAAAAUGACUACCGAGCAGACGUGAGUGUCCUCCCCAGCAAUGCAUUUUUGCUAUUUAUGCUGACUUCCUGG